AAAUUUAGUUUUUUAUAUUUACGUCACUACAAAAAAGAAUUGCAUUGGCUUCACUACUUUGCGUCAGCAAGCAAUUGCCGUCGCCAAUAGUUGCCUAUUUGCAUCGGCAAAAUUGGGCCGUCGCGAAAAUAUGGGAGGUCUGCCACUGCGUUAAUGUGCCGUGGUAAUAGCUGUCGCAAAACAAUGAUCUAUGCUUCGGUAAAACUUUGCCGACGCAAAGCAUUUUGUAAAUUGCUGCUGCAUGGAGGUGCCGUUGCGUUAAUACUUAUUUUGAGAAGCCCACUUAUUCGAUUAGAAAAACACAGUCUCUCUUUCUCUCUCUCUUCCUCCAUUUGAAGCCUUCAGCUUUGUUUCUAUUCUCUCUGGAUCUGACUCGUAGCCGAUUAAUCUCCAGGCCUCGACCAAUCGUUAAUUGAGGUUAGAAGUUGCUCGGAUUUUGGUCAAAUUGAAAACCCAAGCUUGAGCCCUUCGAUCUCUCUCUUCGUCAAACCCUAAAAUUUCAUUCCCAGAUGCCAAGUUUUCUGCCAGUCUAGUCCCUGUCGAAUCUAUGCCUUAUCUCCAGGCCUCCACCAAGAUGGCUUUGGAAUCCCAUACAUUUGGAUCGUACAAAAUCGACAGCAGGGAAGUGUUUUACGACACUAAUCUAUCGUAUGCCUUGGUUAAUUUGCGCUCUGUUGUUUCUGCAAAUAAUGGCCUGGUAGUUCCAAUACUAAUUAAGCACAUACUGGAUGGACCCUGUUGAACAUUCUACAUGUGUGUACAUCUGCGUAUUGGAAACAUGAUCGUGCAGUGUAUGUGUUUGUAUGCUUGCACUAGCAUGCCUAUCCAUUCCAGAGUAUUUGGAUGAAGCCUCUUUUGCAUGCAACUAUAUGAGUAGCAAGUUUCUGUGGAAUCAUAUACUUAAUUUGUGAUCUUUGGAUAAUAGCCAAAAGGUUGGCAGUCGGCUUGAGAGCUACCACAAAGCAACAUCUCUAACAUUGAUGAUUCAAGUGUAUGGAUGGGGCCGAGGGGAACAUGGUAGACUUGGUUUCGGCGAUAAUGAUAAGAGCAGUAAAAUGGUCCCGCAAAAGGUUCAUCUUUUAGCUGGGGAGGAUAUCGUUCAGGUGUCUUGUGGAGGCACUCACUCUGCUGCAUUAACACGUGAUGGGCGCAUUUUCUCGAUAUUUUGUAAGGAGCCAUUCUUCUAUGGACAUGAUAACUACGAUCAGCUAGUGAAACUAGCAAAGGACCUAUUGCUAUAGAGAGAAGAAGAGUGGUGGAGAAGGAGAUAGACACAAAGAAGAACAUAGCUAUCAAUGAAUGAAUGAAGCAAAGAAGAAUACCAAUGCGGUUGAACUUAUGCGCUUGAAUUCUGAUUAUGUAGGUCAUGAUACUUAGCCUACUGAGCGUCAACAUUAUGUAUUUUAAUUUUUGAAUGUUUUUGUAUUUUCAAGAUUGGUGAAGUUGUAUGAAAUGUAUAGAAAUAAUGUGAAAAAAACAUAUGAAAUUAUGAUUUAUAUGGCU